CUCUCUAAACUGUACUUGCCGUCCCACAGACACACCAAAAAACCCUAAAACCACUUCUCCUCAAAGCUGCCCCCAAUGUCGAAGAAGCGUAACCCUCUCGAAGAUCCACCCGCCGCAUCCUCAAGCGACGACGAAGAAGUCGAGUCUUCCGCCGAGGAAGAAGAAGAAGAAGAGGACGACGACUCCUCAUCCGAAGAAGACGCUCCCGCCAAACCUCCUUCCUCCUCCGCCGCCGCCGUCACAAUCGCCGUCCCAGGCAAACCCACCGCCUCCCUCCCCGCCGCCACACAAGCCUCCGAUUCAGAGUCCGGAUCCGAGACCGAGACCGACUCCGAAUCUGAGCCCGAGCAGCCAACGAAAAACAAGGGAUCUGGCAAAGCCAUCCUCACCGCCAAGCCCGCUCCUCCUCCUCCUCCGGUUGCCCUAGCUCUACCGGCGAAGAAAUCAGGAGCGAAGCGGCCUAGCGAAGUCUCCUCUUCCAAGGAGACAACGAACUCGAAGCGAGUCAAGAAGGAUGUUGAGGAUAAGAAGAUCGGAGAGGACUCGAAGAAGCCCGGCGCGUUUCAGAGGCUAUGGACGGAGGAAGACGAGAUUGCCGUGUUACAAGGUAUGAUCGAUUUCAAGAAGGAGACGGGGAAGUCUCCUUACGAGGACACUAAUGUGUACUAUGAUUAUAUUAAGAAGUCUAUUAGCUUUGAGGUUAGCAAGAACCAGUUUAUGGAUAAGAUUAGGAGCUUAAGGAAGAAAUACAUUGGUAAAGAGAAACCGUCAUUCACCAAACCUCAUGAUCAGAAGUCUUAUAGGCUGUGUCAGUAUAUCUGGGGACCUGAUGGGAUGGGUCUUGAGUCCGCCGUUAAGUCGAACGGCGCGUCGAAAAAGAGCCAGAAGAAGACUAAGAAGCUCGACUCCGUGAAGCAGGAGCUUUCUUUUGGGGCUUCGCCUAAUGGUAAAGCGGUUGGUGGUGAUGAUGAUGAGAAAGAUGUGGAGUCGUCUGUUGCUGCUAAGAAACAUGAUUGGUUCGAGAACUCGUUUCUUGUUAAGGGGAUUGCGGGGUUUGGUGUUGAUGAGCAUUGUGUGAAACAGAGGUGGAGUUUGGUUCCGGUGGAGACCAAGAAGAAGGUUGAAGAGAAGCUUAAGCUGUUGCAGGCCAAGGAAAUUGAGUAUGUGUUGCAGAAGACUGAGGUUUUGCAUGAAGUGACCUCUAUGAUCGCUGAAGCAUCUAAGAACAAGCUGUUAGAUAUAUAAGAUUGAGUGCAAAUGCCUCUCUUUUGUUUUUUGUUUUUAUUCCCUGUUAUGAUCUAUCUAUCUAUGUAGUUUUCUGGUUUAUUUUGAUGGUUUUCUCUCAUAUGAAACUUCUCUGUUUUGGUUUUGUUGGUUAUAUAUAAAAGCACCAUUGAAGUA